UACUACAAAUUCCCUUCGUCGUCUCCCUCCUCUUCGUCGCCUCCUCCAAAACCCUAAACCCUCUCUCUCUCUCUCAUCGAUCCCCAUUGUAGAGCGAGCGAGCUCGAACGAUGCGGCGAUGAGCCUGUAUCGGCAAUCGGGGGGCGGAGAUCGAUCCGCGUCGCGCUCCCACACCGACCACCACCCUCCGAUCGAGGGCCAGGUCCACCACCGCCCACCGAGGCUCCGCCGCGCCGGAAAACCCCACCACCGCCUCCGCCGCCCCCCUCCCGCCACUCUCUUCGUCGUCGCCCUCACCCUCGUCGCCCUUCUCGCCUUCCUCGGCUGCCGCCGCCUCUUCCGCCACAAUGAGAAAGGGCUCGGGGAGGAGGACGAUGGUGGGAGGAGGGAGAUGGGGUUGGUUAUGACGUUAGGGCAAAAUGUUGGGAAAGAUCAGAUUGGGGAUAACGGGGAUAGUGCGCAAGGGAUUAGUGGUAAUGUAGAAGGAUUGUCUAAUGGAGCAGAGGAGAUGGAUCCUGAUGACGAGUAUGAUGAUGAUGUUGAUGAUGAUGGUGACGAUGAUGUUGCUGAUGAUGAUGAUGGUGGUGUUGGGGUGGACCAUGAUGAUGGUGAUGAUGUGGAUAAGGUUGGAGAAGAUGCCUUCGUGAGUGCAUUGGAAAGAGACUCUGCUAAUGGCGAAGAAGGUGGUACGCAGAAGAACGGUGAUCGCACAAGCGGUGAUAAUGUGAAGCGUUCUGGUUCUCGGAGGAAGUCGCGGUCGAAGAGAAAACCAAAAAGGCACAAAUUUUCGGGUUCAACCUGUGAGAUGAAGUUCUUGCAGUCCACAGCUCAACUAGUAGAGCCUUCUGUGGAUAAAAAAUUUGCCAGAUUUUCUCUGCAGUAUACAGACGUUGAAAACCAACCGAUAGGAUCGAAAGAUUGGGAACCAAGAUUCGCCGGCCAUCAGAGUCUUCAAGAAAGGGAGAAGUCAUAUCAUGCUGGAGAUCAGAAAAUCAAUUGUGGAUUUAUAGAAGGAACUGGGUUUGAUCUUUCAAAAGAAGAUAGAGAAUACAUGAGCAAAUGCCAUGUCGUUGUAUCGUCUUGCAUUUUCGGGAAUUCGGAUCAUCUGAGACCACCGACUGGUAAAAAGAUUACGCAACUUUCAAAGAAAAAUGUCUGCUUUGCUAUGUUUUUGGAUGAAAGUACUCUGCAGACCUUGUUAUCAGAAGGCUUAAAAAUGGAUGGCUCGGGUUUUGUUGGCCUGUGGAAGAUCAUAGUGGUUAAAAACUUGCCUUAUGACGACAUGCGGAGAGUUGGCAAAAUACCUAAAUUUUUGCCUCAUCAGCUUUUCCCUUCUUCCAGGUAUUCAAUAUGGCUAGAUAGCAAACUGCGACUUGAUGCCGACCCUUAUCUUAUUAUCGAAUAUUUAUUGUGGAGGAAGAAUGCAGAGUAUGCAAUUUCCAAUCACUACAGUCGACACAGCGUUGAGGAGGAGGUGCAGCAGAAUAAAAGGCUGAAUAAGUUUAAUCACACCAUCAUCGAUCAACAGUACAAUUUCUACCGUUCGGAUGGGCUUAACAAGUUCAACUCUUCCAAUCCCGACAAAUUGCUUCCUAGCUAUGUCCCGGAAGGAUCUUUUAUCGUGAGAGAACACACGCCGAUGUCGAACUUAUUUUCGUGUCUAUGGUUUAACGAGGUUGAUCGGUUCACACCUCGCGACCAGCUGAGUUUCGCUUACACAUACUUGAAGCUCAGAAGGAUGAACCCCAGGAAACCUUUUCGCUUAAACAUGUUUAAGGAUUGCGAGCGGCGUGCUAUCACAAAACUUUUCCAUCACAGAGCAGUAGAACCACGCGGUAAUUCUACAAACUCCACAAAAAUCUACUAGAUUACGAUGAUUUUUCAGCGAGAGCGCCUCAACAAAAAUACAAAGUUUGUUUUUUUAACUUUUGUAUAUUCUUUGAUAAAAUUGCACUAAUAUUCAGCAUUGCAUCUUCACUCUUUUAAAAUGUUUAAAUUUUUAUUUUUUCUUUUUAGGAUAGAGCUAAUUGAUGGAUGAAAUUUUGACUUUGCUUCACCAUUCUUUAAUCCUUGUUUGUAGUCCUGUAAAUUUUGAUUAAUAUUACUUGAUUACAAAAAUAUAUUGCGUAU